UUUUUUUUUUUAUUAGUAUUAUUAUUAUUAUUUAUAAAAUGUAUUCGCCUAAUAGAGUAGAUGGUGGCUAUGGAUCAAUAAUAAAAGCUUCAGAGAAACCUGGCUUGGUAGCUUCACCAUUAAGAACUAUUGCAACACCUAUUUAUGAAGCUGUCAAAUCAGCUCAUACCAAGGCUACACGAGAUUUUGAUCGCUUUUAUGGAAACUUACAAGCUAAAUUAACUCCAAGAACAAGCAAUUCUUAUAUUCAGAAACGUACAGCAGAAACGUCAGAAAGAUUGAGAGCUAUAUUGAAUCAAAGAAGAACAGAACUUGAUUCACAUAAUGCUAGUACUAGUAGAACUUCCUUAACACCUCUCAUUGAACGACAUACACUUCGUGAAGAUUCACAAGCAAAAUAUAAUUAUCCUAGUAGAAAUCCAUUCUAUCAGGAAUCAGAAUCAGAUAUAGCAGAAACCCCUUCAUUAAUUGAACAUUAUGCUGACGAUACACCUAUAUCAUAUAUAAGUUUAGAUAAACAACCUAGUCAACCUAAUACAUUUUCAUCACCGAGAAAGACAAUGAGAAAAUCUACUUUGACCCCUAAUAGACAACAAUGGUCAAUGAAAUUACAAGAAAAAUUAACUGAAGAAAGACGACGAAUGGAUAGAUUACAUAAAAAUUUAUUAAAAAUACGAAGACAAUCAUCUUUAUUAGCUGAUGAACUUUCCACUACUAAUUCAAGAUUUGAACAAGGAAGCAUUAUAGAAAAAGAUGAAAAUUUUGCUGAUGAAGAUACUUCUAUGUCUAUAGUAUCCUCUCCUGAACAUGAGGAUCGAAAGGAGGAGGAAGAUGCGUUUAGUAUUAUAUCGUCACCUUCUAAUAAUACAAAUAGAAAUAGACCAUCUUCUAUUAGUUAUAACCAUUCUAACAGUCAUAAUGGAACAAGCUCAAUAUCAUAUAACCAAUCAAUAAAGUCUUCUCAGUCCAAUACUUGUCACAAGGAGUCAAUUUAGUGCUACAUCACCUCGCCAUCUUACUAUAUCCCCAAAUAAUAAUAGGAAAAGUUUUAUUAAUGAGCUUGGAGGCGCCAAGUUAAGAUCAGCUGAAAUAAUUAGAACACCUGGAGGUAGCCAAGUUAGUAAUCGCUUUUGGAAAGAAAUUCAUGGACUCACAGCUAAGAAAGAGUCUGCGGCGUCACCAGGCAGAGUUAGUAAACGCUCAGUACCUUUAACAAAACGUUUCUCUCAACGA